CAUUAGUGAACUCACUGGAUGGUGAGUGCCGGUGGACAAAGAUGGCACAAUCAAAGGAGAGUAAGAUGAGACUCAUUUUGGAACCCAAGGUCUUCACAGUUGUGAAAAAUUACAACGAGGAAUACACUGGAGAUGUGCAAAAUGGAGACAUCUUCAUUGUGCAACAUCAUAAAUGGAGCAUCGAUGCUGGAGUUUACUGUGCCGAAGACACACGGAUCAUUCGGCUGAAAAAAAAGUUUUUCAUCAGCACAGAGGUACAGAAGGUGAAUGUGCACACCUUCACCAGAGGGAACAGAUUUGCAGUUUAUAGGAAGAAAGGAGGGAUCCCUCAUUCAUUCAGAGAAAAUGUUAAUGAAGCAAUGAGCAGAGGUCCAGAGUACAGUUUAAGCAGAUACAACUGUAUUGAGUUUGUCAUGGAUCUUCUUGAAGUUGAUCUAAAGCCGACUGUACAGGACUGCAUAAAUAUUGGACUCGGCACUAAACCAAGGGGCUUCAAAGUUGUCAAAAAAUUCUCUGACAGUUAUCCUGGAAAUGCAAAGUUAGGGGAUCUGUUUAUCGUGGAAAGUGCAAUGAGUGAAAUAGGAUAUCACCAUGCUGGAGUGUGUUGCUGUGAAAGUGGACAGGAGAUUAUUCACUUCACACCCUUGUAUCCUGGGUCCUUUGGGAUCAGUGCUGCAGUCUCUUCCUUAUCCACUUCCUGUCAAGGUCUCGUCAGCAAAGUGAACGUUAAAGGCUUCACACACAGCAAAUUUGCCGUUUAUAGGAAGAAGACAGGAAUCUCUGACUCAUUCCAGAGAAGAGUCACAGAAGCAAUGAUCCAAAGCCCAAAAUAUCAACUGUUACAUUAUAACUGCAUUCACUUUGCCCUGGAGCUUUUUUAUGGAGAUCUGGAGGCAAGAAAUUUCAGUUCUCUUAAUGUGUUCAUGUGA